AUGAACAAGGGUAUUGGGCUUGGUCUUCUGGGCCUGAUCUGCUUGGUGGGUAUGUGCAUGGCGACGACGACGACGGGGUACAACGGCGACAGGGUGGCGGUGGCCAAGCGGGAGGUCGCUCCGCUGGGCUUUGUGCUUGUAGGCGAUGCCGGUGGCGAGACUCGGGUCACGUUCCGCGUGCAUUUAGUGCGUGAAAAAACCAUGGAGGAGCUGGAGGCAGAGCUGCUGGCGGUGUCGAGCCCUGGCUCGCCGCGUGCUGGCCAGCAUCUCGACUUUGAGGCCACCGAGGCGCUGUUUGCGGCUCGGGCCGGUGCCGCCGAGGCCGUCAUGGCCUGGCUCGCCGAGUUCCCGGUCGCCGUCGAGGUCCGCUCGGACACGCUCAAAAUCACGGCUUCGGUGAGUACCGUCGAGCGGAUGUUCCGGACCAAGAUGGGCGUUUGGAUGUCGGUGGCGGACAAGAAGGCGCUCGGUGAGGCGGCGCCGACGCAGCUGGCGAUCACAUCGUCGGCGCAUGUGCCUGCGGCGCUUGCGCCGCACGUGGCCCUUGUCUCGGGCCUCGCUGAGGUCUUCCAUUUUUCGCAUCCGCAGCGGGCGGGCCAGAAGGCGACGACCGGGGCGGACACAGUCGCAACGAGCGGCAGCAAGUCGCAGUACAAGGGCCGAUACACGCAGGUGACGCCUGCGCUGCUGCGCGACUUCUAUGGCAUCGACUACACACCGGUGGCGACAAUGGCUAAGCAGUGCAUCGGCUCGUUUGGCUCGUUCUACAACCCCGAGUGCCUAGCUCAGUUUGUCGAGACCUUUGACAACGCGACGUACGGCAAGAUUGCGCAGUCCAAGGGCUACAACUGCUGGGGCAUUGCACCCAAUGAGACGUGCGCAGCCGGCCAGCUGGAGGCCGACCUCGACGUCGACUACAUGACGUCGAUUGGGGCCGGGAUCGAGACCUGGGUGUGGAACUCGGACAUUGACGAGCAGCACCAGCAAGAGUGGAUGCUCAACUGGGUGUACGAGGUGACUGGACAGGACGGACCCAGCUCGUCGACGCCGCAGGUCUUCUCACUCUCGUACGGCCUGCCCGAGGUGUGGCAGUGCGAUGCCGACCUGGCGAACAUCACCCAGUACUGCCCGUCGUUUGGCUACGACUCGGCCAAGUACAUUGCCGCCGUCGAUGCCGAGUUUGUCAAGUUUGGCGUCCGCGGGUGGACUGUCAUGGUUGCGACCGGCGACGACGGCGCUGCCGGCGACUCGUCGAACCUGCCGUACCAGACCGGCUACGCUGACGGCGUCGUCAACCAGCUGUCGGUCACCGCGUCGGCGCCGUCGGACUCGGGCUCGACCGAGUCAUUUACAUGUGCCAUCCCUGUCGGCGGCAUGGGUCGCGGCUUCAUCUGCCAGAUCGUCCUCGAAGUCUGCCCGACCGCCAUCUCCGAGUUUACCUCUGGCACCUUUGUGGCCGAGGCAGGCUGCUCGCUCGAGAUGACCUCAAUCUUUGGCCCGGACUGUACCGCCGCCCAGCCGACGGUCUCGUCCAACUGCUCAACCUCGCAGUUCCCGACCAAGACAUGGCAGGCAAACGGAAUCACGUGCACCAUUGGCGCGUACGAGUACGGCAAGCCGGUCAACCCCGGCCUCGGAGUCGACGCCUCGCUGCAGUCGCAGUACCCGGCCGCGUCGCCGUACGUGACCGCGGUCGGCGCGACCAUGCUCACCUGCCCGGGCGAGCCCGAGUGCACUGGCCCGAACACCGAAGUGACUUGCUCUUCGGAGACCGGCGCCGCCAUCACCUCGGCCGGCUUCUUCUCGCAGUUCCACCCGGUCCCGACCUGGCAGGCCAAGGCCGCGGCUGGGUACCUGUCGGCGAACGCGGCGGCGCUGCCGCCGGCUGCAGUCUUUGCACAGGGCGGACGCGGGGCGCCGGACGUCGCCUUUAUGGGCCACAACUUUGAGAUCAGCGCGUUUGACAGUGGCUCAUGCUCGGUCAUGCCGGGCAUCGACGGCACGUCAGCGUCAUCACCGUCGUUUGCCGGCCUCAUUUCGCUCAUCAACGACGCGCGGUACGCCGCCGGCAAGUCGUCCAUCGGCUUCCUCAACCCGUACCUCUACGCCGCGCCCAUCGGCACCUUCUCGGACAUCACUCAGGGCUCCAACCACUGCCGCCAGGUCACCACCGCCAUGUACUACGACCAGACGUGCAACCUCGACUCGCAGCCCGGAUCGCUCUGGAUCGGCUGCUCCGCCUGGGGCUACCCCGCCGCCGAGGGAUGGGAUGCGGCCACCGGCCUCGGCUCGCCGAUCUUCCCCGCCCUCAAGACCUACCUCCUCGCCCAACCGUAG